AUGUCCCUGUCAGUGUCAGCAGCUGAGAUUCUGGUCUCGGACCUCCCAACCAAAUCAGUCACCUUGACACCGAUCAGAGCGACCGUGGUCCGCGAGUUUAAAACCACGAUCCAACCCGGCCAAAAUGAGAUCACCAUUCUCGGGAUCGACCCCAAGGUUGAUGUGGAUUCCAUUCGCGUCGACGGCUCCGGCCCAGCCACCAUCACCGACAUCCAGACCCAAAAGGUGCCUCGACGGGAAACCUUUGAAGACGUCUAUCCCGAAGACUCAGACGACGAUGAACUGAGCGAUCAGGAGCCCGAUUCGGACGCCGACUACGGCAUUGAUGACUCGGAGCUUCAGGUCGUUCGUACGGAGAUCGCAAGCGUCGAAGCCACCUUGGCCAAGGCUCGGGGCAACAAAGCGAUGUCGCUGGCCGUGUCGAGCUUCAUGGACGGCUACGGAAAGAAUUUGAAAUUGGACAAUGCGGAUGCAGCCAAGUUGAACGACUUCCUUCAGCUCUAUGUCCAACAGCACUCGGUCGAAUGCGAACGGCAUCACAAGUCCACCGUCGAGAUCCAAGAAGCGGAGAAAAGUCUGGAGCGGCUCCAACGGAAACGAGCGCGUCUGGAAACGGCCUACGACAAGGCUAAAGAAGCGGCUCUCAAAGAUAUCCGGGAACAGCACAAGAAGCGUCUGCGCGAGCGUACGGACAAGCUGAAAAAACAGCAGCAACUGAAACUUGAGCGGCAGAAAUUCUGGACCACGGAAGUCAGUCAGGUCGUCGUGCACCUGGACAGCCACUCGGCGCUGACCCCCGGGUCCAGCCGACGCAGCUCGAUUGUAGGAAAACCCGGCAGCGCCACAGACGAAGCGGACGUGACUCUGCGUCUGGCGUACGUGAUUCCCGGCCCACGCUGGGUCUCUCGCUACGAUCUGAGGAUUAGCACCCCUUCCGCGUCCGCACAGAUGAUAUACCGCGCCGAGUUCCAGAACACUAGCGCGGAGACCUGGAGUGAUACCCAGGUGACCCUGUCCACCUCGCAGGCCUCGUUCUCGGGACUUGACGAGCCCAUUCCCCACCUGCAGGGCUGGCAUAUCAAGCUGGAGCCCAAUCACGGAGACGCAGGUCAGCCGUCUUGGGACAACAUCUUGCGCAGCCUCGACGAGUCCGGCCAUCCCAUCCGCCCGAACCAGGCACUGGCGCAACAGUCGUACAUGCAACAGUUGGCGCAAAUGCAGAGAAUGAACCAGGCGCGGCUGGCGAAUAUCCCUCGGACGCAGCAGGGCUUGCAAAUGGCGACACGGCCGCCCUCUGGAGGGCUGUUUGGAGCAUCUUCCAAUGUACAAAACCCGCAGAUGAUGGCGCAGCAACAGGCAUGCAUCGAGCGGGGAGAGGCGCUGCACGCUUCGGCAGCAGCAUCAGAAUCAGCCCCGCCCCCACCUCCAGCUCAGCGUUACGGUGCUGGCCCAGCCCAAGGAGGUCUGUUCGGCGCGCCGCCAGCACCACCAGCGGCACCAAUGGCCGCAGCCGCACCGCAGCCGGCUUCGCUUUUUGGAGCUGCCGUCAACCGAGCGCUGGGCUGGACCAACGACAGUGGCGGCGACCACCAUGAAGGGGCCGAUGACGCCGCGGGGCAGGAUGACGACGACGACGACGACGACGACGACGACACUCGCUCGACGCUCGCCGCCACUGACCUGGAGCACCAAGACUCGGUCAAACAAGACUACGGCCUGACGACAACAUACGACCUCCCCGGCCGGCGCACCCUGAUCCCAUCGAGCGUCUCCCGCCGCCACGUCCUCGCCGAGCUCGAGCUCAAGUCGCUGACGCUCACGCACAUCAUCGUGCCGCGGGUGCGCGCGGCGGCGUUCCUGCGCGCACGCAUCCAGAACACCACGGCGGUGGGCAUCCUGCGCGGGCGGGCAGGCAUGACCGUCGACGGGACGUUCCUGGGGACGACGAACCUGCCGAACUGCGCGCCGAACGACGCGUUCAACAUUUCGCUGGGCGUCGACCCGUCGAUCCUGGUGACGUACGCGAAGCCGUCUGUGCGGCGCGUCACGGGCGGCUUCUUCAGCAAGGAGCACACGGCCGUGUUCCGGCGGGCGUGCUGGGUGAAGAACACCAAGGGCGCGACGGUGGAUCUCAUCAUCACGGACCAGGUGCCGCAGAGCGAGGAUGAGAAACUGCGGGUGCAGAUCCUCGAGCCGAGUGGGCUGGAGAAGGAGGGCGACCAGGUGCGGAUGACGAUGGAGAAGGGGAAGGGGCGCGGGUCGGUGGCGCUGGGGAAGAACGGCGAGGUGAAGUGGCUUGUGAAGCUGGAGCCGGGCAAGGAUAUCAGAUUGGUGCUGGAGUAUGAGACCAAGGUGCCGCAGGGGAGUCAGGUUGAACUCACCAGGGCGUGA